AGGGAUUGAGUAAAAUCUGGAUUGAUCGGAAUCUUAGAUUCGGGAUCGAAUAUAGAAAGCGGCCGUAAGUCAGCUAAAGAGCUUUCUCGAGAUUGAUCACUUGAUUUUUAUAUUUUUAUGGCUAACUGAGUCACUUACAAUUUUUAGGAACUUUUGUAACUAUUUGUGCUGCUGAGACUACCUACUUACCGACUUUCCAUUACUUACUUUCAGCUAUUUAAAUAUGGACGCUAGACAGAAACGUAAAGUGCUACCCAAGAAAAAAAUAGAAGAAGUGGUACAAAAUUUAGACGACUUGUCUGAUUUAUCAGGCUCAGAUUCUGAAGACGACUCAUGCUAUGUCAACAGCAUUCAUUCUCCUUCCGAUAGUUAUCUCAAUCAGCCUGACGAUAACCUAAUUGAACAACGUCUUGAAUAUAUCUUUGGCUGUGAAUUGGAUGAAGAUAAACAAGAGACGCCUACUAUACAAGCCCAACAGAUUUCAACGGAUGCCUUAUUAACAGUCUUGGGAGAAUCAUCUCAUAUCACAAACUCACAAAAAAUAGACAAUUCUUUGCCAACUGACUUAGAUACUGCAAACGACGAAUGUAAUGAACAACCUCAAGACAUUCACGCAUUUAAUGAAGCUCAGUAAGAUUUAGAUGUCAUUGACGUUCCCAUGGAAGAGUUUUUGGCAGAUGAUGAACAAGAGUCUGAUGGAAGAUGUCUGGAAUUUAAUGAAGUUCAGCAAAAUUUUAAUGUCAUUGAAGUUCCCAUGGAAGAGUUUUUGGCAGAUGAUGAACAAGAGUCUGAUGGAAGAUGUCUAGAAUUUAACGAAGUUCAGCAAGAUUUAGGUGUCAUUGACGUUCCCAUGGAAGAGUUUUUGGCAGAUGAUGAACAAGAGUCUAAAUCUAACAACGAAGUACGCAGAGAUCGUUCUCAGCCAAGAGCAUGGGUUUUUGUUCGAUUAAGGGAUAACAGAUAGAGUCUGACACGCAAAACAUGAGCUAGACAAUUUUUAGACAUUCUUCAUAUGGCCACACCAAAAUAUAUGUCAAAUGUCAGUACAUGAAUUGUCAUUUGCAUAAAACGUGUUUACUUUUUUGCUGCGAAAUUAUUUUAAACCAUUAAAUAUGAAGACUCCUAUUAAGAGUGAGGCUAGAAAGCUAAUAUUCAAUAUGGUUAAUAAAUUUGAUGUGAAAAAUAAAGACAAUGAAAAGAUUUUCAAUGAAAAAGAACAAUGUUUGGUUACAAUCUUGGAAGCCAUUGAAUGGAAUAAUUGUAUAGAACACGUCAUAAAAAUCGAAAAUAAUUACAUUGAAAAAGAUAAAAUUCUUGAAACGGAACUGGAAAGUUUUAUUAUAAAUGUAAAAGAUGAUAGUAGUGAUAGUGACGAAUCUCUUGAAGUAGAUUUUUUAGAUUCCGAUUUUGAUUACGAAUCACAAUAAAUAAUGUUAUAAUAACUACGUUUAUUAAUUUCUCCUCACAAUUGCAGAAUGCUUAUACACAAAAAUGACCCUCCUCAUUCUGAGAAGAGGCCCUUGCCCUGCAGUGGGACAGUAAUGGGUCGAUAUUAUAUACACGAAAAUACUAUGUUUAAAACGGUUGAGCCAUUAAAAAUCGUAUGAUAUAAAACAACAAUAAUAUUUGUCCAUAGUAAAAUUAAUCCAUGAUGUAAAAUCAAAUAUCAAAAUGUAUUUUUCUUACUAUACACAGUGAUACCAGAGUUAGAUUUUUUGAAUUUGCCGCUUUUUUUCCAGGCUCAUGUUUCGUAUGUCAGACUCUACAUUAAAACAUAAUAGUAAAGACAGCAUUGAAAUACAUGAAAUAUUAGCGAGAAACUUUUUUAUUUGUAAACAUGGUGGUGAUGAUACCAAGACAAAUAUUUGUUAUUGCUACUAAGGUUGCUCAAAAUUUCCAGAAAAAGCCUGGGAAUUACUUUGCGGAUGGGACCUUCAAGUCAGCGUCUAGGCCGUUCUAAAAGAUGUUUGUUAUACACAGGGAGUUUGAUUGGGAUGAUAUGAGUACAAAUGGGAUUCCAGUUAUUUACGCUCUCUUACCUGACAAGUCUGAGCAAACAUGUGUACGCCUGUUUUCGCUCAUCAAAGAAAAGCUGCAAGUUAAAAUUUUAAAUGCGAUUAUGAAACUUACCAUUAUUAAACCCCUUUCGUCGGUGUUUCCGGACACCAAACUGACUGGUUGCUAUCAUCACUUUAAUGACGCUGUUUGGAAACAGUCCAAAAAAAAUUAAAUGAGAGAUGCAGAAAGAAUUUAAAAGAAAUAAUACUGGCAACCCUUAACCAGGCCCCAGUACGAUUCGGUCCCACAUCUUUUUUCGUUGUCCUUUCCAGGCUCUGGUAAUAUAAAAUCCACAAUUUAUAAAGAUGGCUUCCCUAAAUAAAUUAUCUAUGGGACCAGAAUUAAAAACUGUGUAUCCGAACGCAAUUGAUUUCGUGAGUCGGUUGCGCGCCUCUGUUUUCGUAGCAAAGUGAACAUUUUUAUUAAUAAUGUCGAAAAAAUAAAAGGUAUGUCGUGCAAUUUUUGGAUAUGUUGUAGAUUAUUUGUUUUUCUUGUGGAUUAAACAUAUUUUUUUGUAGAUUAUUGUAAAUAUUUGUUACAAUAUCUUCCCAAAUGUUGUGGGACAAAUGUGACCGUUGCCUGUUAACGAUUUUGUUUUGUAGGGCAUAAGCUACCUUUGCCUGAUUAUGAUUAUAUUAUUUCAGAAAACCGUUAAAGACCACGGAAUUGAGAACAUCCUCCAAUAAUGGCAGUCGUCGGAAGAGAGUAGCGAGGAUGUCGAUUGUGGGGCGAGUCUUACAGACUACUAUUCUCAAGCUAUGGACACUGCUUUGGACAACAUGCAAGGUAUAUCGAAUGACGAUUUGUUGCAUAUACUUGAGGGGGGUAGUCCUGCACAAGCACAACUGUUACAAGAAAAUACCCACUAUUUGUCAAAUUCAGACCAGGAGGUUCUGCAUGUCGACAAAAAAUAUAAAUCACAUCUUUCAUCGAAAUCUUCACUUGCUGAUUCAAUGCUAGGUCCAUCAAAGCGUGACACAGAAGCUUCAUCUAAGUAUCCAACAAAGCGCACACUACCUACUUUAAUAUGCACAUACAGAGAUUGCUUGUCUCAGCGUCCACCAGCACACGACACACCAGAACCCGUGGCCAGCACAUCCCAGUUUUUGCAUACACCGAUACAUCUGGACAAUGCUGUUUCUGGUCAUUCCCAGCUUUCACCUACUUUACCUGGUGCCAGGACGAUUACACCCGAUGCUUCACCAGACUAUACAUUUCCGUAUAACACCGUAACAACUUCACCUCAACAUAUGCCAAAAUCUAAGAUUUCACAUACCAACAGAGAAAGUGUGUCUCGGAGUCUGGGAGAUUGUGAGCAAACUCCUGACGUUAUAGUUGAACAAGAAGAGAUGGCCAUUACCUUAGCUCCAGACGAUGAUCAACUUUCUGAGCUACUUGAGCCAACUUAUGCUGAAUUACAGGCGAAGCAAAGAAAGGGGAGUACAAAAGUACGUUACUUUGAAGAUCGCGAUUUUAGUUGACAGUUACUACCUACAACAAAACACGACAACAGAGGUACCCCAUUUGACCAUUUUAUGGAUAUGUCGAAAACACAACAAGUAUGCGAGUUUAAAAGGCAGCCAGUUUUCGAAGGAUGUAGACAGUAAUGAAAUUAAGGCCUUUUUGGCUAUAGUGAUUCUUACGGGAAUUGCCCCCACAAUCAGAUAUCGAAUUAUACUGGAAUUCAGACCCAUUUUACAAUAAUCAGGAAGUAUCUGGAACAAUGCCUUGUAAAAGAUUUUAAAAAAUAUUUAGGGUUUGGGUCCCGGGACGUCUCGUGUCCGAAGUCCCGGGACUUUUUGUAAAUUUCGUUGUCUCGUGUCCCGGGACUUUUGGGUCGAGACUCGAGACGAAACACGAUAGUCGUAUGUAUUGUAUUAAUUUUUAUUUUCAAAGCAUUGCAUGAGCCUAGCUAGCGCCAUCUGUUACUGUAAUGAAUAAUUACUUGGUCUACAUACUGAGUUUGCCGCGCCGCCAUUUUGUUUAUCCUGCCUGACACAAGCUCAGUCGCAAAUUUCAUUGAGUGUGGUGGGGUGCUUUUGUUGCAGUAGCGAUUAUAAAAAUUCAACGACGGCCAUCGAUCUCAUGUAAGUUCUUGAUUUUGUUUACUUCAAUGGUAAAUUAAGUAGGUAAGACGUUUACAUAGGUUUCAUGAUAGUGACUUGACAAAUAAUCUUCAUAUCUGUUAUCAUGUAUUAAUUAUGUUUAAGUUAUGUCUGUUAUGGUUUUUUUUAUAAAAUACAUAAUAAAGUGAUAAGUACUCACUCAGUGUAUAAACUUAUGAAAUUAAUUUUCGAUUAUUAUUAUUUUUACAGAUACUUUAAACAAAAAUAGAUCUUUUAAUAUGGAGCGUACAGCAAAAGUAUGGAAACAUUUUAAAAAGAUAAAUGAAUCAACAGCACAGUGUUCGUUAUGUCCAAAACAAAUUUCAUGCAAAGGGUCGAAUACUACGGGCCUUGACAGACACCUCCAAAGAGUCCACAAUAUUUCUGUGAAUCAACCGCCACCGGAUGAAUCAAAAUCAGUUGUACAACCUGGGACAUCUUGCGAACCGGAAUCAAAAAAAAUUAAACGUGAAAAUCAGUCUGAAAUUACACGAUACGUUGCUAGAAAGUCUUUGUCUGAAAUAAUUUCUCGUUUGGCGGCAGAGGAUGGCCUUACUAUAAGAGCAAUCACAAAGAGUAAAUUUAUUCGUGAGAGUAUUACCCAGCGAGGUUAUAAAAUGCCUAAAAACGAAACUGAAAUUAUGAAAAUUAUAUUAAAUUAUUAUGAAGAAAAAAAAGCAGAAAUGAUUCAGAAAUUUAAAAACUUGGUCGCUUCUGGUACACGUUUCAGCCUUUCAGUAGACGAGUGGACCAGCGUCCGAAACCGAAGGUACUUUAAUUUGUGUUUGUAUGUUGAGGACGGAGAAGUUUUCAAUUUGGGAUUAAUCUAUAUACCAGGUAAAUGCGGUGCUGAAGAGACCAAAAAAAUGGUUGAAGAUACAUUAAAAAGAUUUCAAUUGGAUUUUGAAAAACAUAUUGUAGCCACCACCAGCGAUGGCCCAAAUGUAAUGAAAAAGUUUGGCAGGGAAAGCCCCAGCGAGAUGAUCCUAUGCUUGAACCACGCAAUCCAUCUAGGAGUUGUAGAUACAUUUUAUAAAAAGAGACAGGCUACAUCCGCAGUUUCGAGCUCCGAAGAUACCGAUGAUAGUGACGAUGAAAUAAUGGAGAACAAAAACUCUUCUGAUGACGAAGCGGACGACAAUGCCAGCUACGACACAAACUUCCGAUUACAACCCAUUGAUGAAAUUAAACGAGUGCUCGACGAAACAAGGUCCUUAGUGAAAUUAUUUAGAAAGAGUCCACUGAAAAAUAGCCAAUUACAGAAUUAUGUGAAAGCUGAAUUUGGGAAAGAAUUCAGUUUACUACUGGAUGUCAAAACAAGGUGGAAUUCCAUCAUUGUGAUGGCAGAACGGUUUCUGAAGCUCAAAAAUUGCGUGAAGAAAGCUUUGAUUGAUUUAAACAUGUUAGACAAGUGGAAUGAAGACAAUCUUCUUCUUUUGCAGUCGAUUGUUGAUUUGUUGCAGCCAGUCAAGAUCCUGCCUGACACAACAUACAGCUGUAGAAGCCUUAGGGAGACAAAACGCUACGUUACUAACAGCUGAAGCAAUAAUUGAUGUAUUACUGAAAAAAAUUCAAUCGACAACGACAAAUGAUGAUUUAUCGAGUCAGUUCUUAGAAACUUUAAAAGCUCGUCUAGAAGAGAGAAGACCACAACGAGUUAUCUGUUUAUUAAAAUAUUUACACACUGGUCAUCACACCUCACAGUCUCAAAACACGGACUUUUUUACUUCAAAUUUAAGUAAAACUGCCCUAAUUGGCUUUGCGGAAGAACUGUAUUGCAGGCUUUUUGAAAAUAUACCUCACAUCCCGACACCAGAUAUGGAAAUAAUAAGCGCUGAACCUAGUACUAGUAGCUCUCAAGUACACAACGAGCCGGAUGAGUCGUUUGUAAAUCAAAUGGAACAAGCAAUAAAAAAAAUCAAAGAAAAUGUACCCGAGGUUCAAAAAACAACAACAAGAGCAACAUUGAAAAAGGAGUUUCAGUUGUUCGAAGCAACCGGAAAACGUACAGAAAAUUUAGAACUACUUUAUAAAGCCUUAAACUCAAUUAAACCGACUUCUGUUGAAAAUGAGAGAGUGUUUUCCUUGUCCGGUGGCGUUAUUACAAAAAUCAGAAGCAGAUUGUCGGACAAAGCUGUUAAUGCUCUGAUUUUUUUAAAAGCCUAUUUUAUAAAAUCAAAGUAAUUUUAUUUUUUUAACUGAUUAAUAAUUUGAAAGACUGAUUAAAAAGUCU